UAUAAAACUCCUGUUAGCGCGCGCUUACAGCUCAAACUUCUCAACCUGCUGUCGGAGUUACCUGUGCUGAGUCAGAGUCAGCGAGCAACACAAAGACUUUACAGCCAGAGGAGUUUUCUUUCCCUCCCGCUUAGUUAUAGCUCUACGCUGCUGCUUCUGUCUCCACGGAGUGACGCUUUCAGGCGGAAAAUUACGUUUUUCUCUUCGGUCUACGCAGACGUAAAUACUCCACAGCAAACAUGUUCGAGGCUCGCUUGGUCCAGGGCUCCAUCCUGAAGAAGGUUCUGGAGGCGCUGAAAGAUCUGAUCACAGAGGCCUGCUGGGAUGUCAGCUCGUCCGGCAUCUCCCUCCAGAGCAUGGACUCGUCUCACGUCUCCCUGGUGCAGCUCACCCUGCGGCAUGAUGGCUUCGACUCUUACCGCUGCGACAGAAACUUGGCGAUGGGGGUCAACCUCAGCAGUAUGUCAAAGAUCCUGAAGUGUGCAGGAAACGAGGACAUCAUCACCCUCAGAGCAGAAGAUAACGCAGACACACUCGCUCUCGUGUUCGAAACCCUCAAUCAGGAGAAAGUCUCAGAUUAUGAAAUGAAACUGAUGGACUUGGAUGUUGAGCAGCUCGGUAUUCCAGAGCAGGAGUACAGCUGUGUGGUGAAGAUGCCCUCUGGAGAGUUUGCCCGUAUCUGCCGCGACCUUUCCCAGAUCGGCGACGCCGUCAUGAUUUCCUGCGCGAAGGACGGCGUGAAGUUCUCUGCCUCCGGAGAGCUGGGUACCGGAAACGUCAAGCUGUCCCAGACCAGCAAUGUGGACAAGGAGGACGAGGCUGUCACAAUUGAGAUGAAUGAGCCGGUCCAGCUGAUCUUUGCCCUGAAUUACCUGAACUUCUUCACAAAGGCCACGCCGCUGUCAAAAACUGUCACCCUCAGUAUGUCUGCUGACAUUCCCCUCGUGGUCGAGUACAAGAUUGCUGAUAUGGGACACAUCAAGUACUACCUGGCCCCGAAGAUCGACGAAGAGGCUUCCUAAGUCGUCUUCAUCACAGUAAAAAGAGAGGAACUGAAGACUGGAUGCAUCCCAUGUGACUGAAGGACUCUUCUGGUUUGUCGGCUUUGAAAGAAGAGCCGUCGGCUGUUUUUCUCUCUGUGAGGAAAAAUUCAGCAGCUGGUCCAAGUCCUGAUGUCACCCGGUUUAAAUUCCAGCACUUCUGGCCUGUUCUUAAAUUUUCUCUUCUGUCUUGGACGGAAAACCAAAUUUCAAGUUCUUUUUUGUAGAUAACACACUUGUAAAUAAGUCCUGUGGUUUUCGCACUGUCGGUCACCUCCAGAUGUUUUUGUAUGAAUAAAAUCAGUCCGAAAACUGA